UUCACACAGCUCUUACACGUUUGUGUUUCUUUUGUCGUAUAAACAUACUGGAAAAGAAGAAUGAAUGAGUAUUUUAGCGUCCUGCUGUUUAUGCUUCACAUUCUCUUGUGCAUCAAAGAAAGCGAGGCCCAGUGGUACCUGAGAUGCCGGAUUUGUAACCGCGCAAAUGCCCUCGAAGACUGUACAACGUAUGCGGAAUGUUCUGACCAAGAGAGUUGCUUCACUGAUUUGGUAGUAACCCCUGACCAGCGUCUGGUUUAUAACGCAGGCUGUAGGUCAAACACGGCAUGUGGUCACGCGAACAAGCCAGUCCUUAACGGGGACAUAGUGAUGUGUAGCAGUUGUUGUUCCGGGGGAGAUUACUGUAAUGACGGAUUAUGCGAUCUGAAAAAAAACACCACCAUGCGUAUGUCAUGUGAUGGUCACGAAGGUCGGCCGGGAGCCACACAGUACCCGGAAGACUGCCAACAGUUUCGGAUUUGCGACUAUAAUGAGGCCUGUUUCGCGCGGACGACAGCUGUAAAUAGUGACUCGGCCAUUGAGCACUAUACUAGCUGCUUAGAUCUCAGGACGUGCCAGAGUCUUGUUAAUGGUGUAAAGGAUGCGUACCACGCAACUGACGUGCUACUAGGCAAGAGGAAUACCAACAUAUGUGCGAUAUGUUGUAACGACGAACUGUGCAAUGAAUAUUCAUGCCCAUCCAUUAAACGUCGAAUUGUCAACCUGAUCGAGAACGAUGCCUUUAAUAUGACGACGUUGAAAGAAAUAUAA